AUUAACUUUGUAAAUGCAGCACAGAAACAGCUUGAAACACGACAACAAAACAGCAACCAGAGCAGCCAGAGGAACCAGAGCAACCAGAGCAGCCAGAGCAGUGGACGAGCUGGUCUGGAGAACUUUGAUUCUCCCUGUCUGGAUCCACUGGGAGCCGAGAGAUCGACAGUCUGGAUUAGUUGCUCCGUUAAUCCAUCACUUCUUCAUCCAUCUGUCCCUCCUCUUCCUCUUCCUCCCUGCCUGUCGGCCAACUGGGACCCAUCCGACCUGCUGCAACGACCCAGUGACUCCUGAUGGUUUCAUCCAACCUGCGGUAAACCAUCACCUGGUUCCAGUUACCAAAUGAACCUUGAUUGGCUGUGAAAUUGUUUUGUUGAAAUUCAGCCUGGUUGUGUUUUUUAAUUUAGCUUGAUUAAAUCUGAGCCUGCUUCUUCCCUAGCUUGGUAGCUAGCAUAGUUUUCAUUUAGGGUGGAUCUAAUCUUUUAGCCUGGCAUGGCUCAGCAUGCUAAUCAAGCUAGCUGUCGAACCGCUCUAAUUUAGCCUGGUUGCAAGUUGUUCUAGCUUUAAACUUAGCUUGGCAUUAGCUUAGCGUGGUUAGAAAUAAACCUGCGUUGCUUAGUUUAGCCUGACUGUAAAUUAGCCUAAAUGAAACUAGUUUGGCUGUAAUUUAGCAGAGUUGGUAGUAAAUGAGGCUAGCAGUAAAUUAGCCUGGUUGUAAUCCAGCUAAAUUAGCCUAGUCUGCCUUUAUCUUUAGCGGCUAAUUGAACUUUGAAAUUAGGCUUCAAUGGAUCCAGACACAGAAGAAGUUGAGGUGUUUUCAGACACCGAAGUCCUGACUCCUCUGACCCCAGAGGAGGAAGAGGAGAAGGAGAAGACGGAGGAAGAGGACGUGGAAGAAGACGCCCGGAUCUACAAUGCCUGGCUGCAGAGGUACAGAGGAGGGAAGCAGCAGGAGCAGACCAGAGAGGAGCAGGAGGAGGUGGACUCAGAAGGAGGAGGGACUGGAAGCCGGGGCAGCUUCGAGCCGUUGUUCGGAAUGAGGGCCGACCGCCGGGCCUCGCUGCCGUGUGCGGCCACUCUCUCGGCCAUGCAGCUGUCUCGUCUCCACUCGUCCACUCAGGCUCCGGUGACGGCGCGAGUCCUCCUGCGUCGCACCUCCUCCCGCCGCCUCCUGCCCUCGCAGCAGGAGGCCCCCAGCCCCGCCCCCGAGAGGAGGCCCUCUGUCAUACCCACAAUCCCAGAGGUCAUAGCGCCCGAGAGGAGGGGCCAGUUCAGGAGACGCAAUGCCAUGUCGCUGAGCGACGCAGACGGUGUGUGUCUGCUCUGUCACAACGACUUACAUGGAGGAAGUGGUGGAACUAGAGAGCUGCAGUGUACACACACCUUCCACAAAGAGUGCAUUGAGGAGCGCCUCUGGAGGAAGCAGUCCUGUCCCACGUGUCACGUCCAGGUGUCGGAGCCUCAGCCCGUCUACUGGAGCUCCACCCGGGUCAAAGUCCCAUAGGAGGACGUCAGUAAACUCCCAGCAUGCACCCUGCUGUGGGCCGUGCUGUGGGCCGUGUCACUCCUGAACUCCAGCUGUGGACGCUGACCUCAGUGUCCUCUACAUGUCCCCCAGGGGACCAGGACAUCAUCGUAGUUGUGUGCAUCUCAACCAGAAGAGGACGGUGACAUCAUCAGCUCAUAAAACUGUGACAGACACAUGUCAGGUAGAUCAACAUAUCAAAACUAUAUAACUACAAAUAAUCAGCUGAUCUACUUCUCUACACGUACGUGCACUAACAUUACAUAACUUCAUACGUGACCAAGUAUUAAACUAACAUACAACCACGGACUCCUCACCUGUCUCUGUGUGUGUGUGUGUGUGUGUGUGUGUGUGUGUGUGUGUGUGUGUGUGUGUGUGUGUGUGUGUGUGUGUGUGUGUGUGUGUGUGUGUGUGUGUGUGUGUGUGUGUGUGUGUGUGUGUGUGUGUGAAAUUGUGAAUUUCACCUGCGACCCUGGAUCUGACCUCUAGAGGGCAGCAGCAUUAUUAUUAUUAAAUGUGAAUGAAAUCUGAUCAGUAAUAAAAUGUUUGUUUCAGAAACUGUGUGAAUUGUUUUUUUGUUUGUUUAGUUUUACUUUAAUGAUUAUAUUAAUAUUAUUGUUUCUCCACUUCCGGAUUGAGAGGGUUUUGAGAUAAUGAUUUGGUUUCAUACAAAUGAAAUGAAUUGAUCUGUUCUUUCUUUCUAUUUAGUUUGUUUAUAAUUGUGUAUUUACUGAAGAUCUUUCAGGACGUUUGUUGGUCAGAUUGAUGAAAUGAUCUUUAACACGACAGACACCUGCUGCUCAUCUUGAUUCAGUAUUUGUUUUAAUAAUCAUUUGCUGAUGUUUCUUCUUGAACCUGUGACGUUAGAGACGUGAAUCAGCUCGACUUCAAUAAAAACUUAUUGUUGUA